UUAUCUUUUCUUUGUUUGAAAAAUCCGAUAGGUCCUGUAAUACUGCCUUCAAAAUGCCAGUCUUGGUUUUACGCAGCCUCCCAUCUUGUAAGAGAUGCAAGUAGAUACAUGUGAGGACAAACAGCAAGGUGUGAUAAUUGUUUCGAGUGACAUUAGAUGGAAAGAUAGUGUAUAGAAGGGAGGAGAGAGGCUGUCUCCUUUACAGCCACACACAGGCGCAGAGAAUAGGCUUGUAAACCCUGCAGGCGGAGCUCUCUUCAGUGACAGCAGCAGUACAACCAGGGAGAAGCCUUCAGAAACAGAGGUUCUUCUUUUUCUGCACCUUGUCAACCAACAAGGCUUCUUUACCGUAUCUUCACCUCCACUAUCUAGAACUGAGACAAAGGAAAAUUCAAGGCAAUUGUCAAGUCUGGUCUUUUUGGUUUUUUUCCUCCUUUUUUUAUUUCUAUUCUAAACGUCCGUGAAAGCCUGUUGUCUGUCUUUUUAUGUCCAGCCUUUAAUCUGAUCUGAUGACAUCUCUGCAACCUGUUUACUCAGAGCCUAGGAGGGAUUAUUUUCAUUUGUGACUAUUAAGUGGCGGAAGAGCUGUCCCUUGAUGUCUUUGCAAUGAAGCACUGAAAGAACAUUUAAAUGAGCAGCCAGGGUAAAGCUAACAGUUCCUACAAAGACGGUGGCACAAAAAGGGUGGAGCCCUGGUAUUUGUAUGAAUGUGCAGCAUUGGCAACCUGAACUUUUUCUACUAAGAGCUUGUAUAGUGAUGCUGGAAUGACUUCCACUCAUUGAACUGCUGUGUCAUUUACAUUAUGUUUCAAAGGUGAAACUUUACUCCGAGGAGUGUGUAAUUUAUUUACACCAUAUUCCUUCUCUCCAAGCUGCUUUUGUCUGGCACUGUGGAAUCAAGUGACAUGCACAGAAGCAGCUGGUUAUUUCUUGCGUUUUAACCGAAUGUUUUCUGUGAAACAUGCAGUUACCGUUUUACGCAAUAUUUUUUGUAUUAUUUGGAGCAUCAAUAGUGAGCAAUUAUAAAUUGCAAGAAGAUGGCACAAGCUGGUGCCAAGAGCCAUCUCCUUUUUUGGACAAAGUUCAUUCUAAAAGGACAAGGAGUCAAACUGUUGAUGAGAAGUCUACCCCGCAUGGUGUCUUAAGGAACAUUAUUUGUAACAUUUUACAUCCAAGCUUAAGCAAGCCUAUAGACUCUGCAUUGAUUCAACAGAACUUACAUCAGCAAAAUGGCAAACAAGAACAGAGAACACCUGCACCAAGUAUGCAAUCUGAAAUCAUUCCUGGGGAGCAUAGAAAGCUAAGCAACACAGCCAUGGAAACCGGAUAUAAGGAUGAAACACCUGAGCUGCAUCCUAAACCUCAUAAUACCAUGGUAUACCUCAGUGCUAGAAAUAAAAGGGAAACAUAUGAACAUCAGUGGAAGAAGGGAAAUGACAGCUCAAACAAAACCAGCAGUGAGAAAAAAUUCUUAGUGGAUUUGAAUGAGACUUUGCAGAGUUCCAAUGUUGGUAAAGAGACAGAACCUCAUGCAUUGUCCUUAAAUGGAUCGGUACCUUUUGCUACCAAUGAUUUGAAAGUGUUCUCCGAUAAUAUGGACCUUAACCAAGCUUUAGUACCAAAAAACACAACAAAUAAAAAGCUGCACAUAAAGAAUCCAUUUUACCCUUUAACAGAAGAUUCCUAUGGUGCAUAUGCCGUCAUGUGCUUAUCCAUCAUUAUAUUCGUAAUUGGCAUCAUGGGUAAUAUGGCUGUAAUGUGCAUAGUUUGCCAUAACUACUACAUGAGAAGCAUUUCCAACUCGCUUUUGGCAAAUUUGGCCUUCUGGGAUUUUUUGAUCAUUUUCUUCUGCCUUCCACUGGUAAUAUUUCAUGAACUAACAAAAAAGUGGCUGUUGGAGGAUUUCUCUUGUAAAAUCAUUCCCUAUAUUGAGGUGGCCUCGCUUGGAGUUACUACAUUUACAUUGUGUGCCCUUUGCAUUGACCGUUUCCGUGCUGCCACUAAUGUACAGAUGUAUUAUGAAAUGAUUGAGAAUUGCACAUCUACAACUGCCAAGCUAGCUGUUAUAUGGGUGGGUGCUCUUCUUUUAGCAUUGCCUGAGGUUGUCCUGCGCCAGUUAACCAAGGAUGAGUCAGCACUGAAUGCCAACACACUCAGGGAACGCUGUGUUGUCAAGAUUUCCACAGAUCUCCCUGAUACCAUCUAUGUUUUAGCCCUUACCUAUGAUGGCGCUAGACUAUGGUGGUACUUUGGCUGUUACUUUUGCUUGCCAACUCUCUUCACAAUCACAUGUUCUUUGGUGACAGCAAGAAAAAUCAGAAGAGCCGAGAAAGCCUGUACGAGAGGUAACAAACGUCAGAUUCAACUUGAGAGCCAAAUGAACUGCACUGUAGUUGCCCUUACAAUUUUGUAUGGUUUUUGUAUAAUCCCUGAAAAUAUCUGUAACAUUGUAACAGCUUAUAUGUCCACUGGUGUCUCCAGGCAGACCUUGGAUCUUCUUCAUCUGAUCAGUCAGUUUCUUUUGUUCUUUAAAUCAUGUGUCACCCCUGUCCUUCUGUUUUGCCUUUGCAAGCCAUUUAGUCGAGCUUUCAUGGAAUGCUGUUGUUGCUGUUGUGAUGAAUGCAUUCAGAAGUCCUCAACUGCCACCAGCGAUGAUAAUGACAAUGAAUAUACCACAGAGCUAGAACUUUCCCCUUUCAGUACUAUACGUCGUGAAAUGUCCACAUUUGCUUCAGUUGGAACUCACUGCUGAACAGAGUCAGUUUUCACCUAUUCUGUAAAUAUUCUGUGAUAUACAUUUUAAAUGAUUUUUAGUUCAGGAUUUUUUUAAAGAAACAUUCAACUUGCUUAAGAACAAUUUUGGUAACUUCUGUAUAUUUAUUAUGUUUUAGGUCUCCUAACAGGGUAUGUUUCCAAGAAACUAUUAACAUGUUUCCGCACCUUAAUUAGGUAGUUGUUAGCUGUUUUGAUAAUCACAACUGGUGACUUUUUAAAAUAUUAUAUAUAAAACUAAGUAAAAAUAUUAUACUCCAAGGUAGUUUGCACUGAAAUGAAAUAUUGUAAUGUUUUAACAUUUCCAAAAUUAGCUGUUGAAUAAAUUUUAUU